UCUGAGCCAUAAGAGUCCCCACGAACCAAAAAACGAGGGCCAGCGCAACAAGAAAUGCUCUCAUUCGGAACCUCCCAUAAAACCAAACUCCCACCAACCGAAAGGAAACAGAAGCAACAACCACAAAAGCAACCAAACAUACCCAAACCAAUCAUGACCGCCGAUGAACUAAACAACGACAUCAGCAAGAACAGCAACAGCAGCAGCAACAGCAGCAGCCACAAGAAGAAGAACACGUCGAAGCAAGAGCGAAGAAGACGGACCAUGCCAUCCUUUCAGUUGUACCAAAAGCCGGAAAACCUCACUCCGCAGCGAUGCCAGCGGAUCGUCAAGUACGCCCGCAAGCGAUUGCGGGGGCAGGACAACAACUCCACGGAUUCGCAGGACUACACCACCAUGAACCACUGGGCCACGCGGGUGAUCCCCCACCACAAGAUCGUGCUGGGAGACGUGCUCGGAAGGGGGGCUUUUUCCUCGGUCUAUGCGAUCCAGUCGAUCGCCGGCGAGGAACCCGCAAUCGAGGAGGAGUACGAGGACGACGAAACGGACCGAAUGGUGGUCAAGUUCCUUCGCACCAAGCUCUACGACAACCACGGCCUUUUUGCGGCCUCUGCGGCCGACCUGGUCAAGGAGGGAAACAUUCUCUCCACCCUUUCGCACACGAACGUGAUUCGCCUCCACGCCGUGGCCUCGAACUACGGGGUCAACUCGUACCUCAACGGGCACCACGAUUCCUACUUUUUGGUGCUGGAGCGCCUGGAAUGCACCCUCACGGACCGCCUCUCGAGGUGGCAGAGGCGCCACAGGGAACUCUUUUUCGCCUCGGAGUGCGAGUCAGACGCCACGGCCCAGUUUGUGGACGCGAGCCUCUUGUCUUCCACCCGAAGCGCCAACGGCAAGGGCUGGAGGAAGAGGCUCUCUCUCUUCCGGUCCUCCAAGAACAAGACCGAUCCCCUCUUCGAGGACUCGGCGCGGACCGCCACCACCCAGGCGUCUUCCUGCGAUGGAAGCAUCCACGGGUCCAGCGAGGAGGACCGCAACCGCGACGCCCUCGCCAAGUCGUAUUUGCUAGAAGAACGAGUGGACGUGACUCUUCAGCUAGCGGAUGCCCUGGCCUACCUCCACAGCAAGAACGUGAUGCACCGCGACCUCAAGCCCGACAACAUUGGCUUUGACGCCGACGGCAUCCUCAAGGUCUUUGACUUUGACAUUGCCCGCGUGGUGCCCACCAGUAAGCUCCGCGAAGACGACUUUUGCGGAGAGGACGACUCGGAGGUAUUUGCCACCUCCUCCUGCUCCCUCCGCCCAACGAAGGCCGAGGACGAGGUCUUUCGCAUGACCCAGAAGGUCGGCAGCCCCCGGUACAUGUCUCCGGAGUGCGCCAACCGGGAGGCUUACAACCUCAAGGCCGACGUCUACAGCUACGCGCUGCUGGCCCACCAGAUCCUCACACUGCAGAAGCCCUACGACGACAUUACGGACGAGGACCACGACGAGAUGGUCUUUUGCAGGGGCGUCCGGCCCUUUGUCCCCCUGGGGCUUCCCUCUCGCGUCCGGGAGCUCCUCUCCAACGCCUGGUCCCCCACCAUUUCGCACCGGCCCACGAUGGAAGUUGUCCGGUCGGUCCUGGCCUCGGAGCGAUCCGACGUCCUCCGGCUGGGAACCCUCGAGCGAACCUCGCCGGCGGUGCCGGUGGCCAACACCACCGGGUACGUCUGGUCCUGCUCCUUUGAGCCCGUCUCGGACAACCACCGCAUGCUCCGGAAGAUCCGCAGGGCGACCCGMAAGGCCCUGCAGGCCAAGAGCGCAAGCAGCGGGAGCGGCAAGCCCCACCGGUUUUCCGUCUUUCGGUCCUCGGGCAGCACCACCGGGGGCUCCAUCGACGGCACGAGGUCGUACCACUGGUCCGCGAUUGCCGCCUGAGCCCGGACCACCAAGACCCGGGGGGCGGGGGGCUGUGCCAUAGUGUACCGCCACAAUACUUAGUUAGAGAACCAACAAAGAAUCCAAAAAUAGAAUACACCACCAUUG